AUGCGCCGAUUCCUGGACGAGUCCGAUCGCUUCAUGUUUACGCCACUCACAGACCAGGUGGACGGUCCCGAAUCAUGGUGCUGUUCCUCUCCUUCCGCUGGAUCUGCUCAAUUAAAUGGACACGCGAUCUUUGAUCCACAGGCUGAUCGCCGGCACCCUUCCCCUGCGAGCAGUGCUCUGAAGUCAUCUCUGACGGGCAGUGCUCGCAGCGACUGUAGAGACUCAUCCUGGGCGUCGCCCGAGCUUGCUAUCGUCUCAAACCUGACACUCUAUGGCCAGGAGGAAAGCGUUGCCUUCGUCCAUGGCGGCUAUCUGUCUUACGGAGAGCAAGGGAACGGCGCCAUCGGCGAUUGUGUCGCGCUCCACGACGUUCAGAGACGCGCCGACGACCAGCCUUCCGUAUCAGCUUUCGAGGGGACGGACGCGCGGUAUGAAACAUACGGAUCAUUUGCUCAGGAAGGAUACCAUCCAAUUGCUUCAGCAGAUGACGACACCUCCGAGACAUCCCACAGCGUACCAUACUCUCAAUACUGCCCAACGGAAGAAGUCCCACGGCGUAGCUCGCAAGUGCCUGACUUCAGGCGCCGUCGCACACAAUCCUCUCGAUCAAUCUCAUCAUCAACGGCAAGAGUCAACAAGCGGCCUCAGAUGAAUCAACGGUCGUCUUCGUAUCAUCACAGCCCCAAGAGUGGUACUACUGAUCCCCGUAUCACGACGGCGGGCAACAGAGCGUUCCCUUGUCCGCUCGCCGUCUACGGGUGCCCCUCAACAUUUGGGUCGAAGAAUGAAUGGAAGCGCCAUUUUUCGACCCAACAUAUGCGGCUCGGGUUCUGGCGCUGUGAUCAAUGCGGAAGCGCUGAUACCGACCGAAAGCAGAAUGACUUCAAUCGCAAGGAUUUGUUCAUACAACAUGUCCGCCGAAUGCACGCUGCGGAAACGUCUCGAGCAUCCACGGGAAGGAGAUCGCUAGCGAGGAGCAGUAAGGGGAACGAAGAAGACCAAGUCAUGGCCGAAAUCGCAAAGAGUUGCUACCAACCACUGCGGUCGAGCCCAGAACAUAGCGGCUGCUUGUUCUGCGAGCAGGAGUUCCAUGGACAAGGAACGUGGAAUGAUAGAAUGGAACACGUGGGACGACACAUGGACUCCGAGAAGAAGAGCAACUCCAGUCCUACAGACCCAGGAGACUGGAGAAUAGAUGCGAUGGUCCAACAGUGGAUGACCAAAGUGGGCAUCAUCAGUUCUCGGGGCACACAAUGGCUGAUUAACUGA